UCAGCCACUGGUAGCUUGUGGGUGUUUUAUAUGCGCUACAGUCAAUUAUGAUUGCAUGUCUACUUAUAUUAACUAUAUAUUUAUUAAUAUAUGCCUACUCUGUGAUAGCUAGCAAAUGAAUUAGCUGACUAACGUUAGCCUGCCUAGCUGGAACUUCUGAAGAAGGAAAAUGUUUUAUUUCUACCAUUUCCAAAAGCUAACCAAACAAAAACAUCAUUACUUUUACGAGAGGUGUUUGUGCAUUAGUAGCACAAUUUCUAAUUUAUUUACAUUUGUUUUUACUUACACUUGUAUGUUGACUCCAUAUUGACCUUGAGCUUUUAAGUUUUGUCCGAUGUUUCUUAGCGGAUGUGCAAUUGUCGCGAAUUUAAUUAUGGGGCGUUUCAGGCCCCGAAGUGAACAUAAUUGUACACUCGCAAACUACAUGAAAAACGCGGGAUGAGGGGCUUAUGUUGCAAACUUCCCUUGCUUGGCUAAUCGUUUGGACCGACGACAAAUAUGGCCGCGGGCAUUCCCCCAAGGUCAUAAGGCAAGGAAGGCACCAUGAGCUGUCCAUUUCCGACUGAUUGUGCCGCGGCUGCUGCUUCAAGUUUCAGCACCACAAUGGAACAUAAUUGGUUCUGGAAUCUUCAUCUCUCCUAAGGGGGUUCUAGAGCACUCGGGUUCAGUGGGUCUAGCACUGAUUGUGUGGGUACUAGGGGGCUGCAUAGCUGCCCUGGGCUCCCUCUGCUAUGCUGAGCUGGGGGUCACCAUCCCCAAGUCAGGGGGGGACUACUCCUACGUCACAGAAAUAUUUGGAGGCCUUGUUGGGUUUCUCCUCCUGUGGAGUGCGGUGCUCAUCAUGUACCCCACUACCCUGGCUGUCAUCGCCCUCACCUUCUCUAACUAUGUCCUUCAGCCUGUAUUCCCCGACUGUGUCCCUCCCUACAUGGCCACACGCCUGCUGUCAACAGUCUGUCUCUUGUUCCUGACCUGGGUGAACUGCUCUAGUGUGUGUCUGGCCACCAGGAUCCAGGAUGUUUUCACGGUGGGGAAGCUGGCAGCCCUGGGUCUCAUCAUAGUGGUCGGCCUUGUGCAGAUCUGCAAGGGUAACUACGAGGGACUAACGCCUCAGGUGGCUUUUGAGUUCAGCAGGACGCCCUCAGUUGGGCAAGUCGCUCUGGCUUUCCUCCAGGCCUCUUUCGCCUUCAGUGGAUGGAACUUCCUGAACUAUGUCACAGAGGAAGUGGUUGAACCGCGACGGAACCUACCUCGUGCCAUUUACAUCUCAAUCCCAUUGGUGACCUUUGUGUACACGCUCACCAACAUCGCCUACUUCUCCGCCAUGUCACCCGAGGAGCUGCUCUCAUCCAACGCUGUGGCCGUCACAUUUGGAGAGAAGCUCCUGGGGAUGUUCUCUGUCAUUAUGCCCAUCUCUGUAGCCUUGUCCACGUUCGGAGGCAUCAACGGCUACCUCUUCACCUCCUCAAGAUUGUGUUUCUCUGGGGCCAGAGAGGGACAUCUACCCAGCUUGCUGGCCAUGAUCCACUUUAAGAACUGCACCCCCAUCCCAGCUCUCCUCUGCUGUUGUACUGCCACCAUUGUAAUCCUGUGUAUAGGAGAGACACACAACCUGAUCAACUAUGUGUCCUUCAUCAACUACCUCUCCUAUGGAGUCACCAUCGCAGGCCUGCUCUACUAUCGAUGGAAGAAGCCCAAACUUUACAGACCAAUUAAGGUAAACCUCCUUGUCCCUGUCACCUACCUGAUGUUCUGGGCCCUGUUGCUGGGCUUCAGUCUGUACUCUGAGCCAGUGGUGUGUGGUGUUGGGCUGGUCAUCAUGCUCACUGGUGUACCAGUUUACUUCCUGGGGGUGUACUGGAAAUCCAAGCCAAAGUGUAUCUGUGACUUCAUCGAGUCAGCGACCUACGUGGCACAGAGGCUGUGUUUCGUGGUCUUCCCCCAGUUCGACCCCAUCGAGAUCAGUCCGAUCGAAGAAUGGCCUGACAAAUCUUCCAACAUUCUCUCUGGGAAGUCUUAAACUCUUUUUGCCUUCUGAAGUAUUUUUCUUUUUGUAUAUUCUGUCACUGUAUGAUGACAUGGUCCAUUCAUUUUAGUGGAGCCCCUUGUCUGGUCUUUGGUCACCUGAGACUCAUAUCCAUUUCUUUACUGCUAAGUGGAAUUGCCUGCGUUUUGAUGCAUGGGCCACUUGCAAAUGUUUUUCUUCUCUUUUUCUACUAAGUUGUCAAGUACAAGCUAAUGCCAACAGUAUCACGUUUUGAAACAGACUUCAUAUUCCCUAAGGAACUAUUUGCGCCUUUUCUGUAACUUUUCAACAUUGGCAGUAUUUUGGUUUUGACCUGAGAUUUACUGUGUAUCACUGUGCCUUAUAGGGAGAAAUGUGUUCC